CCCUUCACUUCUCCUUUCACACAAAUAGCUUGGACAUCUGUGUUACUAACCUUUUGUAACCCUUCAAGGAUAAUCGUCAAUUCUGCCUGGAAGACUGAAGAAAAGCACCUGAGAUAAGUAAGGAAAUACUGUGUUGAUUUAGUUACAGUGGUUUGGUUUGGUUCCUGUAUUAGUCAACCCAUCGCACUUCCUGUACCAAGAGGAAAAUAUUCCAACAUGGGCAUGAGUAGCUUGAAACUGCUGAAAUAUGUCCUGUUUUUCUUCAACUUGCUCUUUUGGUUAUGUGGUUGCUGCAUUUUGGGAUUUGGGAUCUACUUUCUGGUUCACAACAACUUUGGAGUGCUCUUCCAUAAUCUCCCUUCCCUCACUCUGGGCAAUGUGUUUGUCAUCGUGGGUUCCAUUAUUAUGGUGGUUGCCUUCCUGGGCUGCAUGGGUUCCAUCAAGGAGAACAAAUGCCUGCUUAUGUCGUUCUUUAUCAUGCUACUGAUUAUACUCCUCGCUGAGGUGACCUUGGCUAUCCUGCUCUUCAUGUAUGAAAAGAAGCUGAGUACUUAUGUGGCUGAAGGCCUGAGUGACAGCAUCAAGCGUUACAACUUAGACAACAGCACCAAGGCAGCGUGGGACUCCAUUCAGUCCUAUUUAAAAUGCUGUGGCAUAAAUGGCACAAAUGAUUGGCCCAGUGGCCCACCAGCAUCUUGCCCCAAAGAUCCACUAGUUAAGGGUUGCUAUAUGAAAGCAGAACAGUGGUUUCACUCCAAUUUCUUGUAUAUUGGGAUCAUUACUAUCUGUGUAUGCGUGAUCCAGGUGUUGGGGAUGUCCUUUGCGCUGACCUUGAAUUGCCAGAUUGAUAAAACCAGCCAGGCUCUAGGGCUGUGAUCCAACUACUGUCUUUGGCUGGAGAGACUUGAUUCAUCUCUGGAUUUCAAAACCAAUUAUACUAUGGAGCCUGAAAUAAUCGCCUUCUGGACUGGAGUUUUUCUCCCCUCUGUCUCUUCACUGUUUUGAUCCCUCUCUAAUACAAUCGGCAAAGACAGUGUAGUUUUAGCCAGUCACUUCUUAUCUCAGCAGGAUGGUCAAUUAUUCACCCAUUCAUGGCAGAAUCUAUUUCCCUCUAUGUGGUGACACUAAUGCCUCAUCAUUAUUAUUAUUAUUAAUAUGGGAAGCCAAGAGAGCCAUCAAGAAUAGAUAAAUAUCCAGGGAUAGGUCUUGAAUUUUUGCAUUUUUCCAUUGUCAAACAAGUCCCUAGUCUCUAAAAUCUCCAUAGGGAGGUGUGGGGUCAGAUUAAUUUUAUCACUGUUAUAACCCUAUGUAACCUUUUCACUGGAAGCCAUGACUCUUAAGAAUGGCAGUAUUUUUUUCUAAUGGGUAGGUUUUAUUUCAAUGUCCUGAUUCUUAUUUACUCAGACUAAAAUAUUUCAGAAGAAAUUAUUCUGUGACUUUGCCUUUGAUAUACAUAACUAUGAAGAACUCAAUUAGACCAAUAUGUCUGGUGGUUAAGGUAAUAGUCACAUUCAGAAGUGUGGGUCUGGCGGUAGCGCAGCGGGUUAAGCGUACAUGGCACAAAGCGCAAGGAACGCGUAAUGAUCCCGGUUCGAGCCUCCAGCUUCCCCCCCCUCCAGGGAAAUCGCUUCACAGCGACUUCACAGGUCUGCAGGUGUCUGUCUUUCUUUCCUCUUCGUUGUCUCCUCCUCCUCUCUCCAUUUCUCUCUGUCCUAUCCAACAACGAACGACAUCAACAAUAACAAUAAUAACCACAACAAGGGCAACAAAAGGGGGAAAAAUGGCCUCCAGGAGCAGCGGAUUCAUGAUGUAGGCACUGAGCCCCAGCAAUAACCCUGGAGGCAAAAAAAAAAAAAAAGAAUUCUGGUGUUACUUCUUUGUUAGAUGAGGUUUUGUUACAUACUAUUUUACCUUUCAGUAAAUGAAAUAUCUUUUAUCUUAAUUGCUACAAGCUCUUAUGAAAGAGAAUUUUCCAUGGUCAAGUUUGAUUCCCCUAUUAGCAAUCCAGGUUUGUUAGUCAUUGCUGCAUAUAGCACAACACUCCCACAUAGUAGAUAAACAAAUAUUCAUUAUCUAGCAUAUUUUAUGUGUUCUGUAUAUGAAAGGUGUUUAGCUGGGUGAUUCUAGUCCAUGGUCUCUCACAUGCUGAAAGGCUCGAUAGGAGAAGAAUCCAUGUUAAAUUCUCUCAUGAGGCAGUUGGUAGAAUUCAGAAGAUCAGCUCCCAGACCCUUCCACAUGGCUCUUGGCAAGUUCAGUGCUUUGCCACUUUCCAUAGGACAAAACAGCUUGUGUACUCCAUGCAAAACAUCCAAAAGAAAAAACAAAUGCAGCAUCCAAAAUCACCCGUAGUUCUUUUAUAACCUACCUUGGGAGUGUCAUCACGUCAUUUUUCAUAUUCUGUUCUUUAAAAACAAAUUGACAAGUGUAGCCCAAACUCAAAUUGAGGAAAUCAUAUAAGGGUGUGGAUACUAGGGAGUGAAGAUAAUUGAGGGUCAUCUUAUAAGUAGCCUACCGGGCCAGGUGGUGGCGCACCUAGUUGAGCACACGUUACAAUGCUCAAGGAUCCAGGUUCGAGCCUUCAGUCUCUACCUGCAGGGGGAAAGCUUUGUAAGUGAUGAAGCAGGGCUGCAGGUGUCUCCUGUCUCCUUUCCUCUCUGGCUCCUCCUUCCUCUUGACCUCUGGCUGUGUCUAUCCAAUAACUAAAUAAAGAUAAUAAAAAUAAUUUUUUAAAAAGAA